AUGUGCGGUGCAGUAGCAUCCACGCUGAUUUUAAUGCUCUUGGAGCGGGCCAUGGCGAGGCGCAGUUCACUCGACGCGGCUUGUCCCACGGAGGCAGCAAGCGACUUCGUUCUGUCAACAAUAGCGGCGAGGUCGAUGCCUUUCGGGAACUCAAAGAAUCGGGCGAGGCUGUUGACUGUUGGUGGGUCUGCCACGACGCGGAGGGGCAGCAGACGGAGGUCCAUCACGAAGUUGAGAUGCGUGUCCUCCAGCAAUUGCUCCACUGGGUUGAAUGCGGCGCUGCACUCCAGCAGCGGGGCGCCACAUGAUGACAAGCGCCGUUGUACGGUGGUCGAACCACUUCCACCGAUGCUGUCAUCCGUUGACUGUGCAACUGCGAGGCCUUCGACGAGUGUCGGCAGCCUCGCAAGCAUCACGUCGUCCUGCACCGGGUUCGACAGCGUCAGGUUGUCUGUGACGAAGUGUAGCUGCACGGAUGUUGGUGCAUUGAACUUCUUGAGUCGUGCCCCAACAUUAUGUAACAUGAGUACGACGUUCUCUUCCUUUGACAGGUUGACACGCAUGCUCAGCAUCGGGAGGUCGAACUGCGCGUCAAACCAACAGUACGAGUUGGGCAGCUUUGACACCUCCAUGAUGGUCGUGCUUGUCUCGUCGGGGUUGUUCGGGUCGAUGCCGUAUGACCGUUCGAGCUCUUCAAAGGCGAGUUCCUCCUCUUCUGUUUCCUGCGGGGUCCGCUGGCCGCGACGAAACCAUGAGAACCAGCCGGUGUUCUUCGUGUCGGCAUUCGCCUGCGCCUCCGCUUUCUUGGCCUCGUUGUCCUUGCGCUUCAGUUGA